GCGGCCCAUUGGGCCGAGAGAGAGGGAGAGGGCGGGCGGACGGCGAGGAUGGCGCUGGACGGUGCCGUGCACGCCAUGGUCGCCCUACAGCGGGCCUGGCCGCGGCGACACCUGGCCCUGCUGCUCGCCGCCAUCACGCUGGGCGGCUCCGUGCUCAAGGACGCGCUGCCCCUGGCUGAGUCCUACUUCUCCAACCGGCGCAACGCGCUCAACGUGUAUUUUGUCAAAUUUUCGUGGGGUUGGACGGUGGGUCUGCUCCUUCCUUUUAUUUUCACCUCCAACUACUUUGUCCAGAGAGAUGUUCUGUUUGCAGUACGACGCAUUGCUUCAUGUGCUGUGGGCACCGUUGUUUGGUUUCUCAGCACACGAAUCUUUCACAUCGUUGAAAAUUUCACCGGCGAAUGCUUCGAAUCCCUAAAUAUGACUGUUCUCAACGAAUUUGAAAAUAAGCAGGCUUGCCGCAAGCAAGGGCAUUUAUGGGUCGGUUUCGACAUCUCUGGGCACUCCUUCUUGCUGUCGUACUGCGUACUCAUGAUAAUGGAGGAAACGGCGGUCAUGGACGAGCUUCACAAAGUGGAACAAAAGCCAGGAAAGGCUACCACUGUCAUCAUUAAGACACUGUUUGUUGCCUUAAACACCUUGACCCUGUUGUGGAUUUGGAUGUUCUUCUGUACUGCAAUAUAUUUUCACGAUCUACCUCAAAAGAUCAUUGGAACUAUUUUCGGAAUUUCCGCCUGGUAUUUAACGUACCAGUUUUGGUACAAGAAAUCUUUUCCCCCUGGACUGCCACCGGAACUUGGGAACAAAAAUGAGUAAAAAAAUCAGAGAUAAUCAAGGACAAAGAACAAAAGUCACACUGACUGCAGACACUUAGGACAAGCUCCAAGCACUAGAAAUAUAUCAAAUAUCUUGGUCAUACAAUUGUAAUACAAUGUAUUUAUGCAGGCAGUAUUCUCCAGACAUAUACCUGGAUCAAUUAAUGAACUAGAUGAGCGUAGAGGCAAGCACAAAUACUGAAAGUCAGUGGAUAAAGUGUAAUAAAAUUUAGCUUCCACACAAUACGUGGGUCUAAAAAUUGUACGUGCUUGGGAUACUUGAAUUUUCUGUUUAUUUAAUUAUCUCUUCGCAAUAUGUAUGUGCCUUGCCAUGGCGGUUUGAAUUUCAUUAUUUAUAGAAAAUAGAAUGACUUAAAACUAAAAUCCAUAUAAAUUUGACAGCUGACUCCAGUAAUUUAAACAGCAACAUUUAAGCAUUGUACUGACAGUUCACAGUUUAUCUGCAUAUGUUUAUCCAACGCUAGAGUUAGAAGAAGUCUGCAUCCUCUUACCCGAUGGACAAGGCUGGCUUGUAUCAUGCUCCUUAAUUAGGUUGUUAGCAUUACACACCCAAAAUCAUAUCUUUCACAAUUGACCAGUGCGUAGGUUGCUAAACUUUCAAUAAAAGUACAGUGCUCUUCUUUAGUUGGCUUCAACUUUUAAAACUUUUAUUAAGCGAAUUGUCAAGUCCAAUACGUUUAUUAAAAGUUCAGUGACAUAUGUGCUGACUGGUUUAAAAUGUACAUGUUUUCAGUACUUCCCAUGUAUUAAAUACAGAAUAGUUUAAAACAUAACAAUGUGUCACUUACGACUUAUCUUUAGUGCCACAGAAAGAAGCCAUCAAGUCCUUUCCAGGCCCCAGGGGAGGAUUCCCAUUGGUCUUGUGCCAUUACAACAAAUUUAUCAUAUACAUUAAGAGCUAAUUAAUAGUAUCUAAUUAACUGCCAGUACGUCAUUGGGACUUGGGAGGAAACCAAUGUAGUAUACAGAUAUAGUAUGUGGUAUAGAGAGACCCUGACCCGAACCGUCACCUAUCCAUAUCUCCCAGAAAUGCUGCCUGACCCACCAGCACUUUGUGUUUUUUAUCAAGAUUCCAGCAUCUGCAGUUCCCUGUGUCUGGAAAUAUUCAGACAUAAUCUUCAAAUUAAGUGCCGUGAUUUUUGUAAAAGUUUGUAAGUACAGAUUUAAACAAUGGAAUAUUGGGGGUGGGGGAUUAUCCUGUGCUCCCUCCCUUCCACGCAGUUCUGACACUGAUUGGUACAUCCUCACUGAAGUUAAGGCCUUCUGCUUUCAUGCACGUGUACCCAGGAGUCCUGAACUUCUCGAUAAUCCACUGGGGAAAUGCCGUUAGUUCCAUGUGAAACUGCUGUCAUUUCCAAGGAUAUUCUUGGCGCAAGUGUGAUGCUGAAAGCAAAUUUACGUGGGUAGCUUCUGCACACUCUACUGUGCCUGCGUUCCUUUUUGAAAGAGAUAGUACAUGUGGAUUUCUUGACAGCAUUGGACAGUGAUGGAAAACAAUGUGGAAUCUUGCAUUGGAAUAAUGUUAUAAAGUCAAAAUGCUGAGUUUAAAUGUAAUUUUUCGCUUUGUAUUAACUACACUCAAAUUAUACAAACGGCUUGCUUUUGUACUAAAAUUGUGUUUAUUUAUUUCAGAGUUUAAUUAUGCUUUAAACAUUUUUGAGAAGUAGACUCGUACUGCGAUCAAGAGUUGUGUGGAUGGUGCUAUAAUAUUUCAUUUGUACAUUAAACCCUUCUUAAACAUUGAAGUUUUAAUGCGAUGGAUUGUGGAUAAUAGUUUGAGAAUUUAACAUUGUUUUUUUUAAUAUUUAAAAUCUUAACAGGUUUAAUGCAAAAAAAAACUAACAUAACGUCCUGUCCUGUUUAGAACCACUUGUAAAAUCUGGAGACUGUCUUUUACCUACCUGCUUUGCAGUGUGAAACACAUGACACAAACAACAUUUAAUUGUAACCAUUUUGCAUGAUCAAAUACAGUGCCAAUAAUUUUUGAACAAAUAUUAAAAGCUAUUGUUCUGUA